UAUUUUCAAAAGACUAUUUAAUUAGAUGAAAAGUUACAUAUUGUAUGCUGUUUGUUUAGUUUUAUUUUUUUCCAGUGAUAUGAUCUUCAUGUUACCACUAAAUUCCUAUUUCACUUUUCUGUCUUCAGUUUUCAGAUAAUUGACCAUUUGCUGACAUAUGCCCAAAGCUAACGCUUUUCUUUUUGUCCUAUAUGAUUUUAUUUACUUACAGAUGUUUCGGAAAAAAGCAUCUUCCUCCUUGAGAAUGAGAAGAAUAACAGAAAGCGCUAGAUGGAGUAUUGACCGUGGGCGAAGCUUGUCCUUCCAUGAGGUUCGUAGCAAGCGUGAGGCAGAGAUGAGGGCCGCCGCAGAGGAGUCGUCCAGCAGCAACAAUGUAGGAGGGGGAGGAAACACCGUCCUGCAGCGCCUCCUGCAGGAGCAGAUGAACCGGAAUUAUGUGCUGCAUCAACAUCAGCAGCAACAACAACAACAACAACAACAAGGAGGGGGAGGAGGAGGAGGUUAUGCGCUACCUGAUGAUCACUCCAUGACCCCCCACAUUGCCCGACAGGAGCCCCAGGGACAGGAGCUGCAGACUGACAACGGCCUCGAGAAGCUGGGCUCCACCAGAGUAGUAGGAGGAGGAGGUGGGAGCAGUGGAGGGGGAGGAUGUUUGGGGACUGUAGGUGGAGGAGGAGGCAGCAGUGGAUGUGUUGGAAGUGUCCAUGGGCAGUGUCCAAACCCUGAGGACCUCCCUACAUAUGAAGAAGCCAAAGUGCAGUCGCAAUACUUCCGUGGCCAUGGUCCUCCUUCUCAUCAGCAAAACAACCAGCUCCAGCAGCCCCCUCUCUCGGCCUCGGUGGGUACUGCCUUCUACGUCACUGGGGUGACCAGCACCAAGGUUCGCACUGAGGGUCGGCCCACAGUUCAGCGGGUGAGUGGAACAGGGAGGGUGCACCAGGACGAUGGGCUGAAGGAUCUAAAGCAAGGACACGUUCGAUCUCUCAGCGAACGACUAAUGCAGCUCUCCCUGGCCACUAGCGGUGUGAAGGCCCACGCUCCUAUCACUAGUGCCCCACUCUCUCCACAGCUGCCCCCGCCAGGGCCACCGGGGGACUAUUACAAGCCGCAGCAUCGCGGCCCACCUCCAGACUACCCCUUCAAAGGAAUUGGCUCUCCUAGCAAGCAGCAGGAACCUGGAGGCCAUUUUUAUCAGGAGCAGAGAGGCAGGGAGCAAUCAAGGGAGGUGCUCCAAGUCCGAUACCAGCCUCCGCCUGAUUACGGCUCAUUCAGGUAG